CAGACUAAUAAAAUAAUAAUAUUGUUAUUUUCGUAUCAUUUUUAGCGAAAAAAAAAGCUGUAAUUUUGACUUUAUUGGUGAUUCUUGUGACUGUCGUGUGUCCGUUAUACCCAAGAAGAAAAACCCAUGUUCUAUUUUGCGUCUAGGCGGUCUCGAAUCAAGUUGCUUUUUGUCUCUUCUUUUUUGACCAUGAUUAAGAUAUUAUAGAGAUUUGUUAGAGCUUCCAAGGAAGUGAAUUCUUCAUUGAGAUCUGCAGCAUUUCUUUGGGUUGGUGGGAUUUCACUUUUCUGAUUCUGGGCUCGUUUUAGAAUUUUCCUUGGAGGACUAUUCUUUCAGUUUAGUUUUAUAGAGUUUCAUGUUUGUUGCUCGUUCAAGUGCUUGAGAGGGAGCUGGAUGCUGUUUGCUUACAGAUGUAAAUAUGGAAAAGAAGAAGGCGAUCUCUCAAUACAGAGAGAGGCUGGACAAGACGCUGUCAUCUGCUGAACUGACCGAUUCAGAGACGCUUAAAACCCUUGUCAAGAAUCAAAUUUUACAAUAUGCACAAGAUGAGAAAGAAGAAUUUAGUGAAAAUUUAUUGGACAAAAGGGCUCAUGAAGUAUCCAAUUUUCUUGACAUGUUAAGGAGUACUUCUAUUGAUGAUCAUCAGGUGUCAAAAUCCAGUGAGACAUCACAUGGUGAAUGGAAAUUGAAGCAUGACAAUGAAGAGUUCCGAGUUAUGUACCGUGAAGGACCUCAUGGCACUCCUUUUCAUACAUUACUUGUUGAAGGCUAUGUAGAUGGGCCUUUGGAUGUUUGUUUAUGUAUCUCUUGGGAGUCAGUCCUCUAUAAGAAAUGGUGGCCUCAGUCUAGCUUUCCACCUUUCAAAGUAACUAGUUCCACCUGUUUGCAAAAGGUCCGAAUUGGUGAACAGAUAUCUCUAGUCAGGGUGAAGGUUGCGUGGCCACUGUCUGCUAGGGAGGCUUUAGUACACUAUUUUUUCUUUGAGUACUUUCAAGAUGAUCUGAUUGUCAUUCUUGUGAACACGGUAGUCUCAGAAGUGAGCAGCAUUGAAAAAGCAACUCAUGGAUUUACUAAUGAUGGAAUUCCUGAAGCAAAGGAUGUUGUAAGGAUUGAUGUAGUUGGAGGCUUUGCUUUGCAGAAGGUGAACAAUGAAAGAAGCUACUUUAGGACAAUAGCAAAUAUGGAUAUGAAGCUGGAUUUUGUUCCUCCAUCCCUUAUAAACUUUAUCUCAAGGCAGCUUAUGGGAAAUGGUUUCAGACUCUAUCAAAAGACUGUGGCUUCUGUGUCUAAUUGUGAUGAAGAUUAUAGCAAGGCCUUGGGAGACCCUUUGUUUGGUCUAAUACGUGAAGCUCUUUACUCCAGUAAGAAAUCAGGUGAAAUUCUUGAAGUACAAGAGCCCAAAAGUGAAGCUCACCUUUUGCCUAAUGAGAAUUUAAUCGAAGGCACACAAGAUGACACGCUCCAUACAGAACAGAAGGUUCGUGCUUGUGACAAUGCUGGUGAAUCUCCACUGAAGAAAACACAAGACACAAAGAGAAAAACUUUUGGUGAAAUUGAGGAAGAAGAAAGUGAAGUGAAUACAGGCCUGGAGGAGGGCAUUAAGGCUGCAAAUCAACCUUCAACCAAUAAAUUCGCAGAUACACAUGGUGUAAAUGCUAAAAAAGGGAUUUCUAUUCGUCCAGAGGUGGAAGAAGCUCUAGGAACGCUGGAGAAGGCCAUUUCAAAAAUACAGCAAUACAGACAUAACGCCCAAAGCAGAUCUUCUAGUUUCUCUGAUGAAGAAGCUCUAUAUUUGGAAGAGGGUGCCGUAAAGGACUCAACUUAUUCUGCAGAAGACAAUGUUUGUUCAAAAGUUGAGGUUGGUCUUGAAGCUGCCUCCAAAAAGUUUUCGGAGAAUCUGGAGAUGACCUCGGAUGACUCCAGGAAUGGCAGUGACAUUAAUGACACAAGGUCUGCAGGAUCAAAUUCUCUUUUGAGGGAAGUUAACCAUAAUCAAGUAAUACAGGCAUCACCUCAGCAGAAUGUAUCAGUACCAACCGAGACAAACCAUGUUGCUUUGAAUUCCUAUGAAAAUGGAACCAUCAAGGCAAAUAGGUACCAUGAAAAUGGUCUAAAUGAUGUGAAAAAGUUGAGUAACUGGAGAAAGCAUAGGUUCUGUUGCUUCAGCUUCUAUUCUGGGUAACCGAUGCCUCAACCCCGAAAAAAUAUCUAGCUUGCUGAUGGAAGUUGAACCUCAGCAACAAAACAAAAGACUUGAGAAAGGAUUUUGUAACAUCUUAUACAAAAAUAACCCCAUUAUGUAAUGAAAUAUGUGUACCAUAGUCUUUAUUUUCUCUUAACAACGAUCCAUCCAUUACUUCUUUCUUUCUUUUUCUUUGGUAGAGAUGUUUAAGUGCAUAAUGCAUUGCCUAUUAUUGAUUAUAGUUGUAAUCCAAAAUACUAUUAAUAAGUUUAAAUA